UAAUAUCACAUGCUCCCUAUGGGAGCCGUUGGUGCGCCUUAGUUCAGUGAGUUGCCGUAAUGUGACGCUACCCAGGUGGUACGACUCAUAGAGUUCUACACAAUAAUUGCACGACUAAUGCCCCUUUUAAGUGGCCUUAGUUACGACCAGGUACGACCAUGGAGGUACGACUAAAGACAGAGGCGACUGCUUGCAUCACGCGUGCGUGUGAGCGCGCGCCGCUGCCGUUCCGGUGGAGAAGCAGUAGACGCUCCCUCCCCGCGUCUGUCAGGUUAUCGCGCGUCUGUCAGUCUUCCUCUAACUUCCGUUGUGAGGCGCCACUCAAAUGGUACUCUCCCCUACGACUAUAAAGCAGGCGCGAACGCUAGCCGACGGGGUGAGUGAAACCAUUAAAGAGGUCUGUGUGCACUUUGCUCACUAGGUUGCGCUACGUUACUUCCUUUCUGGAGAAGCCUUUUAUUUUGCAUGGAGCUCCAUGCAUGUCGCAUAGUGAUAUGCAUAGAGUUUCCUGCGAAAAGCAUGGAGCUCCAUGGAUGUUGUAACGGUGAUCAUUGCUGCUCAAUUGGCGGUUCUGUUGAACUGCAUCGCGCGACUGUUGCGCGGGCCCUAACACUCAUCGCGUGUGCACGUUUCUUAAAUCUGCACGCGUCUGAAGGAUGAAAGUGGGGAAAUGAGGGCCGCAGCGCCUUCGUAUGGGCGCAUGGGCACCUCCUCUACGGCGUCUCCACGGACGCGACCACAGUUCCCAGGCGCUCUGAAGACGUCGCCUGUCAGUCGAGCCAGUUACACGAUCGUUCGGAGACCUCCAACGACGCAUGAUGAAGUCCGCGCGAUGGAGCCGACGGAGGAGCGCUCAAACCGCGGCGACCACAAGCCCCGCGCGGGCUACGGCUCCUCCACGACCGGUCUUCCUGCUGACGGGAGAGGUACAGCUUUCCUGACACUUCGUGGACGGCCGCGCAGCGUGAGAGGGCGCCUAAUCAAGCCGGUUCACUCCGUGCCAGAGCGACGCGACCACGAAUCAGGGGAGCAAGAUUACGAAAAAGAAGACUGGGAUUUAGAAUGCCCUUUGUCGAAUGGUUCUACCGCGGCUGGUGGAAACGACCAUAAAAUCGCCACAAAAAAGGAACCGAAGCGAGUACAUUGGGAAGAAGACGACCGACUGACGACUGUGUUUCCAGUGCCGAGGCGAAGCAACCACAGGAAAAUGGUGUCCGAGAAGUGUCAGAAAGCGGGCGACUGGAAUCAAGGCAAGUUUUCGCCGCUUUGA